CAGCGGUCCAUGUGUCACCUAUAACGCCUGCCUUUGCUACAGACAUGGCUUCACCACUUCAUCUCUCGCCAUGGGAAGGGCAUUUUCAUCGUUUCCCGAUUUAGGGCGAAGAUAGGUGGGCAUUUUGAAAACCGAGAGGAAAACAACAACAACAACAACAACAACAACAACAACAACAACAAGAGGAAUAUGGGUAAACUCCAGUCCAAACAUGCGUCCAAACGCAGGGAGAGCCCAGAAGGUGGUAGUUUCGCUUCGAACGUGCUCAGCUGUCAGCGAGAGCUGCAACGCAUCCACCCCCCCAAAGUCAAGCUCAAACAGGAGUCGAGUAGGGGAGAACUCCGGGAAGGUUCCCAGCUCGGCCACGGCUGCCAUCUGCAGGUGGCACUGCCACGAGUCAGGGGAUCUGACCUUCGUCCAGUAAACAAACAGACGAAGAAGAAGAACAACCAUGCUGGUGACUCAGAGUGUAGCACGGCGCUGCUGGAGGACGAUGCUCGGCAGGAGUGGGUCUUCACACUCUACGACUUUGACAACAACGGCAAGGUCUCCAAGAAAGACAUGUCCAGUCUUAUGUAUUACAUCUAUGACGUUGUGGAGGCAUCAGCCAAGCAGCCGUACGGAGGCACCACAGCCCUGAGGGUCAAGCUAGUUGUCACCCCUUCAGCCAGCCCAGAUAGGACCCCACAGGCCGUAGCAGCAGACAGGGAGCAGGACACGUCCCAGGAUGUUGGCAGGCCAGACCGGCGGCCAUGUUGUGUGGAUGAAAACACAGAGCGUAGAAACCACUACCUGGACUUGGCUGGCGUCGAGAACUUCACCUCAAAGUUUGACAAUGCAGAAUCCCUCCCCCAGGAGCCCAGACAGGACACCCACUCGUCUGUUCAGCCCCACCUGGUGGCAGGCAGGGAGAACUGCAGCUCAGCUGAUUCCCGAAGAGGCCUCUCUGACAGGAAUGGAGGGGGGCCCAAGUUGGCCAGGUUUCACAGCCAACAUCCCUCCCCAUGGUGCCAUUCUACACAGCCCCAGCCCCCGGUCUACGUCCCUCUGCACCGUAACCACAGUAAGAGGCUCCGCUCUCGGGUGCAGGAGGCCGGAUCCCCCUGUAGACCUCCUGGUUCCCAGCCAGGGGGAGAGAGGGAGAUUUUGUCCAGCCUGCCUGUCUCUUGUGGGGCUUUGGCCCCGUCGAGUAGCCGGCAUGAGCACCACCACCAUCACGAACACCAUCACCACCACCACCACCACUACCACCCUUCAUGACUGCAAUCUCAGCUUCACCCAGGUACUGUCUUUGAUAUCAAAUGGGACUCAUCAGGUACGAGAUUUGUAAUGUGAGCCCCAAGGAUUACAUUUCAUUUCCUGAACCAUCUUGUUUUCAUGUACAGAGACAACAAUCUGACUACACUGUUAUUUAUAUGAUAUAUCAAAAAGGAAAAAAAAACUUAAAGAUGAAUCUAGUCUAAACCCUGAUAAUCUAUUGGAAAAUUUGAUUUGAAUGCUAAUUUCCUUUGAAAGCCCUUUAGACUGACAGUUUCCUCUCAGGUUCUUUUAGAUUACCACUUCAAUUAUAAUGAUAACAUGCGAGUUGCCUUUGCUGUAUAGUGUGCUAUAUAUUUUAGAUCGCUUAUAUUUCAAAAUCAAUAACAUGGUAAUAAACACUAAUUGAACAUUGAGAGUAUGAAUUAUCUCUUAUGUUCGAAGAAACCAAAUGUGUGUACAAAUGAAUUUGGAUGUAAUAAAAUUAUUUUGCUU